AUGACAAUUUAUGGCAAAAUUAAAACCGUUUGCGGCCAUAGCAGCACUCAAGUAUACCGGCCGGAAGUUUCCCGGUAUCCCGAUGGACCGAUCCGGCUCUGGAUGUUGGCUACAAUUAAUGGUCGUUUAAAAACGUUUAAUAACUGGCCUAUCAGUUUUUUAAGACCUCUUAAAUUGGCCGAAGCUGGUCUUUUUUACUUAGGCAGUGAUGAUCAAGUGAAAUGUAAUAAAUGCAAAAUAGAAUUUAUUGAUUGGACACUGGGUAAAGAUCCGUUACAACUACUCGCGCGUCUCUCUCCAAAUUGUCCAUUUAUUAAUGAAAUUUCCAUCAUUUGUUUAAGACCUCGUAAAAUGGCUGAAGCUGGUUUUUUCUACACGGGCAAUAAGGAUUGUGUACAAUGUUCUAAAUGCUGUAAAUCUUUUUAUCCAUGGAAAAAAGGUAAUGUUCCAGUACUUGAACAUCGUCGACAUAAUCCAGAUUGUUCAUAUAUUCAAGGAUACGGAGAAGCGAAUAACAUGAGUGGUCUUUAUGAUCCUUCAGUUUCUUAUCUCCAGUCUACUGAACGGGCAAAAAGAAUUGAAGGUUUGCAAUGGUCAAACUGUGAUUUUAUGACUUGUUUCUUUUGUGCUGAAAUCUUAUCGCAUUGGACUGAUGACGAUGAACCGUGGACAGAACAUGCCAAAUGGUCGAAAACUUGUAGUCAUCUUUUAUUAAAUAAAGGCAAAAGCUUUGUGGACCAAGUAUAUGACGUGGAAAAUGACGUCAUAAAAUCCAACCAACUGAAGUUAUUCAAGGUGAUUACGGAACAGAAAAAUACGUACAUUCUCGAAACUAAAAUGAAAAUACAGACAACAAAAAAACAUAGUAAUAGGUUACAAAUUACUAAAACUUUAUCUGGUAAAAACCAACAGCAUCUUUCUCAAAUGAUAGAUCCUAAUUAUGUACCAGAUUGUAUACUUUACAAGAUUUGCUAUAAGGAAAAAAUUAAAGUGAUUUUUGUCCCUGUAGUCAUGCGAUUGCCUGCAUUGAAUGCGCUUUUUCAUUCGAACCUUGCACUUUAUGUAUACAUCCAUUCUCAAAUGUAG